AUGACUAUCAGUAUGACCAGUGUGCAUCUUGGCCCCAAAGAUGGGUAUCAUACAGCCAAAGCGAAUGCGCACGCGAAUAUGACGGCAUACAUGACACGUCCCCGAUUUGAUGACCUGCCCUUACACCCAAGUCAUCCAAAGGGGUCAGCAUGGGGUCUUUGGGGUGCUGAUGAUGAGCGUGGAACUCUGAAUCUUUUAACAGAAGAUGUAGUUCGGGCUGCUAGUUCGGAAGUCUCGCUUGGUAAAGUUGUGAGUUUGAACUUGCCUUUGAAUGUUCCUCUCAGACCAAUGAACCCGCGGAGAAAGAAGUGCUCUCAUACAAUAGUUGCGAAGGGUCAUGCCAACGAUGAUGAGGUAUUUAUUCCCUCUUCCUGGGGUCCUCUUUCUUCUUCGUCCAAUUUUGUACUGACAUUCUCUCAGAUCGACAUUAACACACAAAGCUCAAGUCACUGGGACGGUCUCCGACAUUUCCCAUAUUCGAAAUCAAAGCUCUUUUAUAAUGGAACUACCCAGGAUGAGAUUUCCGGGCCUCAAGCUUCCGCCAAAAUAGGCGUGCAGAAUCUUGCAAGAAAUCCAAUUGUCUCAAGGGGAGUUUUGAUCGAUUGGUACAGCUAUGCAAAGCGCGAAAAUUUACCACUCAGCCCGUUCACCAAUUCGGAAAUUCCACUAUCACAUCUGCAGAGGAUUGCAGUUGAACAGGAUGUGACAUUCCGACGUGGUGAUAUUUUACUCAUUCGCACCGGGUGGACAGCAGCGUACCACCUUCUCACGGACGAAGAGAAAGAACGUCUCGGUGGAAGAGAAGAUCGUGCUUCUGUUGGCGUGGAGACAACAGAGGAAAGUCUACGCUGGCAUUGGGAACAGGGAUUUGCGGCCGUGGCCAGUGAUACGGUGGCGUAUGAGGCGUGGCCUUCGCCCAAGGCUUGGGGUGUCAGUAUGCAUGAGGUCUUUUUGAGCGGAUGGGGCAUGCCAAUCGGCGAAUGCUGGGAUCUGGAAACACUGAGUCAAUUGUGUCAGGAACUCGGGCGAUGGACAUUUAUGUUAACGAGCCAACCUUUGGAUUUACCCGGUGGUGUGGCGAGUCCAGCCAACGCUACGGCUAUCUUCUGA